AGGAGGUGAGAAGGAGGGAGAGAAAGAAGGGGAGUACCCAGCAGAGAGGAAGAACAUCCGACCCAUUUCCUUUUACUAUCUCACUGCUAGAAACAGUAGCACAUCAGGGAUAGUGUAACAGUGUUAUAUCUGGUGUUUAAUAGGAGACAUGGCGGGCAGGUAUCUGCAUACACAGCUAAGCAAACACUAAGCACCAUCAGCAGGAUCAGUGGAGGACACACUGAGACAAGGACAAGAGGCACAUGUAUUGAGACACACAUUGGCGUAAGCACCCGUAAUUCCACAAGGUCAUAUGGUGGGGUUCCCCAUUCCAGAGAAAAUUAGGUAGGUCAUACUGACGCAUACAUAGGAAAAUAUUAGGACAUAGGGAAAAGAGAAGAGGGGAGGCCAGCAGAGCCUACUGCAAUGCUACCCCUGCUAUAGUGGACAGCUCUCUUGCUGAAGAUUUACAUGAAGGAGGCUGCAUGUGGAAUUUGGAUUGACCUCUUCUACUUGCCCCAAACACUGAUACCUCAGAGGAAAUGGGUACCCAGGGUCCUGGAAGGAAAAGACACCCCAACAGGGAUAAACUUUCUGCCGAGGACCAUGCCUUAAAUCAGAUAGCUCGAGAGGCAGAGGCACGUUUGGCGGCCAAGAGGGCAGCACGAGCUGAAGCCCGAGAGAUUCGUAUGAAGGAACUGGAGAGACAGCAGAAAGAGAUUUACCAGGUUCAAAAGAAAUAUUAUGGUUUGGAUACCAAGUGGGGUGAUAUUGAGCAGUGGAUGGAGGACAGUGAACGAUAUUCACACAGACCACGGAGAAAUCUCCAGGCUUCUGAUGAAGAUGAUGUUAUGUCUGUGACUAGCAGGAGCAGUCUAAGGACCAAUGGUUACGAGGAUGAAUUGCUUGGAGCAACUCAGUAUAGGAAAUCCAGCAGGAGCUCAACAGGCAGUGGAGAUACCAUCCAGUCCUCCCGGGGACCCCCCAGGGAUGAGUCAAUGAGCACUUAUUACUCUGACCUCAGCAUGGCCAGUGCUCCACUCUCAGCCAAGUCUCAGCAGCAGUCUGUACUUAAUGGAAGCCGGCCAUCACUAUUGAACUGCAACUCUCUACCUUCCAGAUCACAGCGGGGGUCUCUGUAUGAUGAGGGUGUCACCAGCAGUAGUCGUCGAUCUUCAAGUUCACGACCUCCCUCUGAGUACAGUUGUUACCUGGGCUCUGGAUCGCGCGCCUCCUCCCGUGCCAGCUCUGCCCGUGCCAGCCCAGUGAUUGAAGAAAGAUCGGAUAAAGACUUUACAGAGAAGAGUGGCCGACCUGUUUCUAGCUUGUCUGCAGCAACUCUCGCUUCACUGGGUGGGACAUCCUCGCGUAGGGGAAGUGGAGACACUUCCAUAUCUGUUGAUACAGAGGCAUCAAUUAGGGAAAUAAAGGACUCCUUAGCAGAAGUGGAGGAGAAGUAUAAACGGUCUAUGGUAACAAAUGCUCAGUUGGACAAUGAGAAGACAUCCUUGCAAUAUCAAGUGGACACUCUGCGGGAGGUUCUGCUGGAGCUGGAAGAAGAACUGGCAGAAUCCAGGCGGCAUUAUGAAGAUAAACAGAAAGAGUGUGAGCGGCAGAAGCACGAGCAGGGUGUCCUCCGUUUUCAGCUAGCUGAGAUGAAGGAGGCUUUGGAGCAAAGGGAGGCCCUGCUAACGGAAAUCCGCCAGCUGCAACAGAAACAAGAAAUCAAUGACCGUGAGAUCUGCGACCUCAAGGAAACAAUAGAGUGGAAGGAUAAAAAAAUAGGGGCUCUAGAGAGACAAAAAGAGUUUUUUGAUCCAGUUCGGAGUGAGCGUGAUGCCCUCAGGGAAGAGGUGACCCACUUAAGAGAGGCAUUAAAGAAACAUGGCAUCACACUGGACUCUGACAGUACCAUGAAUGGCGACACUCCAAUAGAACACCAUGUAAAUUCUGAUGGUCCCCCUGAUCCUCCAGUCCGGGCAGUGUCAAUGGGAAAUACAGAAGGAACAAUGGAAAGAAAGGAGACCAUGUCAGUGGUGGCUGAAUGUCCACCUUCUGGGGCUGGGCAAGAUAGACAGGAACCUGCACAAGAUCCUCAGAAAGAAAAGUUGCAUGCAGAGGGUGGAGAUGUAUCAAGUGAGCACAAUGAGGAGAAAAAUAGCUGCACAUCUGUGGAAAUUGUACCUGUUGAUGUCUGUAGCCAUCACAAAUCUGAACCCAGUAUGGAUGAAAUGCCUUGUGUCGUAAAAGAAGAUGAGAAGAUGUCUGAAGCUGUGGAGAACACUUCAGGAGUAGAUGGUGAGACCGCAUUAAAGCAGAGUGAUGUAAGCCCAUCUGGAAGUGAGGUCUUUCAGGAUGCUAUAGAUUUUGUUGAUGAGACUCCUAGCAGAACAAGUGAGUUUGAUAAAGACGUCACAGGUUGUGUGAGCGAUUGUGAAAAAGAGGAACCUAAAAACAACCAGGUGGAGAAUCUCACUAAAGCAGAUGAUCAUUGCCCCAUGGGUGGUGUGCCAGAGGAAGGAGCUGAAACUGCAAAUGGAAAUACUGUCAAUAUCAGUAAGAAUGAUGAGCAUAAUAUUUUAAAGACUGAAGAGGAUAGUAAUAAUUCAAGCAGUCAUGAAGAGAUUAGUGCAGAAACUUCUGAAGAUACAACUAAUAAUACAAAUGUAGAUCUAGAACAUGAAGUACCAGUUAAAGAUAGCAUCAAACCUCAGCAGUCUCGACAGCAAGAAUCUGGGUCACAGACUACUGAGGAAAACAUGGAUCAAAAUAAAAAGGAUGCCAUAUUGUCUGCUGCUGAGAAUAGUGGAGAUAUUGAUCUGAGUAAGAUUGUUUCUGCACCUGAACAACCAUCUUCAGAUGCACCAUUAACAAGUGAUGACUUUGCUGCCGAUGUAGAAGAUUUAAAAUCUGACGAGUCUUGUGUUGACACUGAGAUAAAAAGUGUAACAGAGGAUGAACCUAUAAAAGACGAUGUAAUCCCAAAGGACAAUGAUAGUCAAAAUGAGUGCGAACAGGCUCCAGAGGAUAAAAGACAAGGGGAUGUUUUGUUGGAAACUGAAGAUCUUAAAGAAGAGGAACAAAGGGAAGGAGACACAUUGUCACAUGAUGAAGUUUGUGGUAACAUCCAGAAUGUAAAUGAGGCAAUGGCAAACAAGGCUGAAAGCCCAAAAGAAAUCGUUCCACCUGAGGUUUUUAGUAGUGAAGGAGAAUCCACACAAGAGGACGAAGAAAAUGAUGAUGCAGAUGGUACUAUACGAAGUGAAAAGUACAUCGGAGAGAGUGAAAUACCCUGUUCACUAUUAGGAUCAUCAGUGGACAGACAGUCUUUGGAAGAUAUUCGGAUGGAAGAUGCAUCGGAAAAGAGUCCUAGGAGAGGAAAGGGGAAAAAUAAAGAUGACUGUGUUGUUUCAUGAUGAAAUGUGUGUGAUUCCUUGUAUUCUGUGGAUGUCCCCUUGGCACUACUGAAUGUUGCUGAAUGUUUAUGCUUUUGCACUAGUACUACAGUCAGUUGCUUCCAAAAGAGGCUGCAUGCCAUGUUACUAAAAUACAGGCUGGAAUUUUACACCACAGUAUACCAAGGGCAAUACUUAUAGUAUAGAUGUAGAACUCUCUUUCAUGGUGCCUGUACUCAGGUUGCAUUUGCACUCUCACCUACCUGUAAUAUGAUAAACAUACUUCUAUUAUACUUAUGGGUUCUGGAAUAGAUUACUUUGCCUAACCAGACAUCAGAUACCUGUGGGUGAAAAUAUCAGAAACUUUAUAAUUUAUUUAAAGUAUACCUCCAAAGUUUUUGUCCUGCACCAUCUUUCAGCCCCAGCAUAGAGAGGCAAAUUCCACCCUGGGAGGGACAGUUCCCAUCCAACGUGUUCAUGGAACUCUCUGGGCAUCACACGGUUUUCUUGGCAACUUUAUCUUCCAGGGUGGACUGAGACACAGGUUAUAUGGGACAUAAACUUUGGAGUUACACUUUAACUGUCUGUGGUUGCAGCACUCUUCCUUUAAGGAUAUCUUUUACUUUCUUUUAACCAUGUUUAGAGGUUCCUACUUUUCCACCAAAAUUGUGGUAAAAUAUUUUUAGGGUUUAAAGAUGCCACAUUAAGUUUUAUAACAGAAUGUUAUUUAUUUCUCUUGUCACUGGAGUUGCUUGAUUUAAGUUCACUUUCAAUGUAAACCUAAUAUAAAUGCUUAAGAAAGUAAUAGUGAGAAAAUCAUUCCUUAUUAUAUGUGUUUGUCUGGUAUGUUUGUAGAUCCAUUUAUUGGUGUAGUGACUUUGUGCAAAUAAUGUGUAAGUACCAAAAGAUUAUGUCUCAACAAUUCAGUUGCACAACCUUUUGUACUGUUAUAAAGUAUAACUUUACAUUCCUAUUAUGAAGACAUAAUGCAGAGUCUAUCCUUUUAGAUGUGUAGCUAUUUGGUAAAUUCAGGCAGUUUACAAUUAAUGUUGGCAGGAUAGUUUUAUAGAGUUAAGAGGGUAUUCCAAUCUGAAUAUUUCAUAAAUGUGCCAUAGAAGUGGGUCCACCAUUUUGAAUUCUAGUGCUUCCCCGGGUUCGGCCUGUCAGACUUUUUACACAGUUAUGCAAAAUCCAUAGAAGUUGAUGGGACACUUGCUGUGCUGUUUCUGUAACUUGGGCGUUACGUAAACACCAUAGCUUGCGGUGCUACUCUGUUUAUGCAACUUCCACUAAUGUUUAUGGGAGUUGUGUUAUUGUGUAAAACAGCUGCCUUGGCUGUUUUCAGCUUCCCAACCACUCCUAGCUGCUUCAAGCAGGCCUGAAUGGGCUCUAGAUCUCGAGAUUCCAGACUUAGACUGCGUUCACAUCACGAUUUCUCUAUCCGACUUGAGUAAACGAUUUUAUAACUUAAAAUCGUAUAAAAUCGUAUAUCAAGUUGGAUAUAUUGAUCUCCAUUAAAAAAUCGGAUCCAUUACACACAUCCGAUUUGAUCCACAUCCGAUUUCACAUGAUUUUUGUUCAGGUCUGAAAUCGUGGUCAAACCCGAUUUCAGACCCGAACAAGAAUCGUGUGAAAUCAGAUGUGGAUCAAGUCGGAUGGAGAAAUAGUGAUCCAGCCUAAGAGGUUGAACCCACAUCUACUGGACACUUCUGCUAUAUUCUGUGGUAUUAAAAUGUUCAGAUGUGAAUACCCCUUUAAGCUAUAAGAAGUUGUAUUUUAGCAUAUCAUUCUAAAAUGGCACAAUUUUAUCAUGUAUAGAAGUAGACCUCCUCUUAUAGACCAGUGCCUUUCUUUCUGAAUGCUGUUUGUAUUAUAUAUAGAGUCACAUAACAUUAGAUCCGCAGUUCAUGAAUUAUGGCUGCCAAUGCAAUGGUAGAAUAAGUUAUGAACGGAAGUUAAUUGAACUGGAACAUUCCAGGGGCUUGAUGCAUUUACCUUAUGCAGGCCUGCUUACAUUCUAAAUACUAAGAAAACUGAUAGGUCAAUUCCAAGAGGAAAACACUUCUUUCUUUGCUUUAAGGCAUUGAAUGUCAUUUUUCAGAAGUGCUACAUUGCCAUUAUAUAGAAGAUCAUGGACACUGUAUCACCUGAAAGAAACUAAAGUCAUACUUUGUUAGUGUUCUUAAAAUAUACGUGACAAAUCUACUUUGUAUCCAUGUAUUCACAUAUGCAAUAGUUAUAAAGCUAUAUAUUCAACCUUUAUCAUCAUACGUAAAAAAGUUCUAGUUAAAACACGUAUUCGUAUGAAAGGUCUAGUUAAAACACAUUUGCAUUGUACAAAGCCAGCAUUUCAGGAUGAACCAGCUUUGCUUUUAGAUUCACAACAGGUAUAAAAGCAAAUAAAUACUGUCACAAAUUUAAUUUCCUGCUGAAGGUAAAUGG